AUGACUCGGCAAGAUAACUCUUAUGACGCUCUGGAGCUUGACCGCGACCGCUGGCUCAAGCUAGGAUAUGUCGCUACUGGCGUUCCCACCAGUAUGUUACACAAGGAGAACCUGGAUGCUAAGAAGCAUGGAGCACAACGCAGAGGGGCAAACAGCACACCGAGUCUUACCACAGACGAUGAGGAUGACGAGAGGGUCGACGACAGCUAUCCACCUGAAGGAAAUGCUCGUGGCCAAAGCAAGCAACAGAGACCGCGCACUAAUAAAUCGGCCUCCGACAGUCGAGCGCUACCAAGCAGAACAAUGACCAAUCAGCAACCUCAAAGGCGCAUGCUCCUGACCGAUGAACCAAAGCUCAAAAUGAACCAGAUCGAAGCUGAGCUGAUUUUUCCAGGAGGGAAAGAAUGGAAAGGCGUGUUCCUGCUUGACACCGGAGUCAUCGAUAACUGGAUCAACGAGAAGAUCGUAUCGGCCAACAACCUCCCCGCGAAAUGGGAGAAAAGCAAACCUCGCUGGUACAGCUUCGACAACAGUCCAGUGGCUUCGUUAGGUCUUCUCAAGGGAUCAACUGUCUUUGAGAACCACACACAACCAUGUGAAUUCCAGAUUGCACGACAGAACAGUCAAUUUGAUGUCAUCCUCGGCUGCAGGUCGCUGAUGGAGCGCGGCUUGGUGAUCUGGAAAGGAAAGGAUCUCGAUGUGCUUGCUCCACUGACGUCGAGGGGCAAGGACAGCAAAGAGGAGAAGGAAGCGCACCGAAAAGACGACCGCGAUGUUGAACGACGAGGCAAGCAACUUGAUGAACUAGUCAAAUGGAGGAAUGAAAGGAAGAAGGAAGGGUUGCAGUGGGACAAAGUCAAGAAUGAGUGGUAUAAGGACGACGGGGGUAAGAAAGUCCCUUAUGAUGGACCCGCAUAUGUUCUCGACUUGGGAUACUAA